GAGGCCCCCGGGCGGGCCCGCGCUUUCGGGGCCCUCUUUCCAGGUGCCACCGGAGCCCCUUGCCCGCCCACCACCCUCGAGGCGCCGCGACCCCCGGCCCGGCCUCGCGGCCCCAGGGGCCAUGGCGAAGAAGAGCGCCGAGAACGGUAUCUACAGCGUGUCUGGCGACGAAAAGAAGGGUCCUCUUAUCGUGCCCGGGCCCGACGGCGCCCCAGCCAAGGGCGAUGGCCCCGCGGGCCUGGGGGCGCCUGGCGGCCCCCUUGCCGUGCCGCCGCGAGAGACUUGGACACGCCAGAUGGACUUCAUCAUGUCGUGCGUGGGCUUCGCCGUGGGCCUCGGUAACGUGUGGCGCUUCCCCUACCUGUGCUACAAGAACGGUGGAGGUGUGUUCCUUAUCCCCUAUGUCCUGAUUGCCCUGGUUGGAGGAAUCCCCAUUUUCUUCCUGGAAAUCUCACUGGGCCAGUUCAUGAAGGCCGGCAGCAUCAAUGUCUGGAACAUCUGUCCCCUAUUCAAAGGUCUGGGCUAUGCAUCCAUGGUGAUUGUCUUCUAUUGUAACACGUACUACAUCAUGGUGCUGGCCUGGGGCUUCUAUUACCUGGUCAAGUCCUUCACCACCACUUUGCCCUGGGCCACGUGUGGCCAUACCUGGAACACUCCUGACUGUGUGGAGAUCUUUCGCCAUGAAGACUGUGCCAAUGCCAGCCUAGCCAACCUCACAUGUGACCAGCUUGCUGACCGUCGGUCCCCUGUCAUCGAGUUCUGGGAGAACAAAGUCUUGAGGCUCUCUGCAGGGCUGGAGGUGCCAGGGGCCCUCAACUGGGAGGUGACCCUGUGCCUGCUGGCCUGCUGGGUGCUGGUCUACUUCUGUGUGUGGAAGGGGGUCAAGUCAACAGGAAAGAUCGUGUACUUCACUGCUACAUUCCCCUACGUGGUCCUCGUUGUGCUGCUGGUGCGAGGGGUGCUGCUGCCUGGAGCCCUGGACGGCAUCAUCUACUAUCUCAAGCCUGACUGGUCAAAGCUGGGGUCCCCUCAGGUAUGGAUAGAUGCCGGGACCCAGAUUUUCUUCUCUUACGCCAUCGGCCUGGGGGCCCUCACCGCCUUAGGCAGCUACAAUCGCUUCAACAACAACUGCUACAAGGAUGCUAUCAUCCUGGCACUCAUCAACAGCGGGACCAGCUUCUUUGCUGGCUUCGUGGUCUUCUCCAUCCUGGGCUUCAUGGCCACAGAGCAGGGUGUGCACAUCUCCAAGGUGGCAGAAUCAGGGCCCGGCCUAGCCUUCAUUGCCUAUCCACGGGCUGUCACACUGAUGCCUGUGGCCCCACUCUGGGCUGCCUUGUUCUUCUUCAUGCUGCUGCUGCUCGGUCUGGACAGCCAGUUUGUAGGUGUGGAGGGCUUCAUCACCGGGCUCCUGGAUCUCCUCCCGGCCUCCUACUACUUCCGUUUCCAAAGGGAGAUCUCCGUGGCCCUCUGCUGUGUCCUCUGCUUUGUCAUCGAUCUCUCCAUGGUGACCGAUGGCGGGAUGUACGUCUUCCAGCUGUUUGACUACUACUCAGCUAGUGGCACUACCCUGCUUUGGCAAGCCUUUUGGGAGUGUGUGGUGGUGGCUUGGGUUUACGGAGCUGACCGCUUCAUGGAUGACAUUGCCUGUAUGAUUGGGUACCGACCUUGCCCCUGGAUGAAAUGGUGCUGGUCCUUCUUCACCCCACUGGUCUGCAUGGGCAUCUUCAUCUUCAAUGUUGUGUACUACGAACCGCUGGUCUACAAUAACACCUACGUGUACCCAUGGUGGGGUGAAGCCAUGGGCUGGGCCUUUGCACUCUCUUCCAUGCUGUGUGUGCCCCUCCACCUCCUGGUCUGCCUCCUCAGGGCAAAAGGAACCGUGGCAGAGCGCUGGCAGCACCUGACCCAGCCCAUCUGGGGCCUCCACCACUUGGAGUACAGAGCUCAGGAUGCAGAUGUCAGGGGCCUGACCACCCUGACGCCGGUGUCCGAGAGCAGCAAGGUCGUCGUGGUGGAGAGUGUCAUGUGACAGGCACCCUCGGCUCAUAUCACCAGCUCAUCCUUUGGUAGCCAUAGCAGCCCCUGCUUUAGCCCCCACCCAUCCCUCCAGGGGGGCUUGCCUUUCCUUGACAGUUUGGGGGUCUGCCUGGGGGGAGGGGGAGAAGCACCACGAGUGCUAACAAAAAUAACUUUUUCCAUUUUUAAUAAAACACCAAAAAUAUCACAACCCACCAAAAAUAGAUGCCUCUCCUCCCCACCCCACAACCACGCUGGUACUUGCAUUGCUUCCAAGCCCCACCUCCUGUCCUUCCUCCCGGUGCCCAGGACCCAUCUCCUAGCCUUGCCAAGCCCACCUGCCUGCCUCCCAAACUCUGCUCUGUAACACACCUUCACCUUAGAAACAGUGGCAGCUUGGGAAAUCAGGAGAGGAGGGAAAGAAUAUGGUGGGACAGGAGGGGAGACAAGAGGAGGACAGUGGAACCAAGGCAAAUGUUUCCGUGGGAUUAGACCCCUCUUCUCACCCCUAUUCUAGAAGCUAGAGAGCCAGUCAGCAAUGGAACCUUGUGUUCCUGCGCCAAUUGCCACCAAUGUUAAUUGUAUGAGCUUGGGUCUGAGUGCCUCUCUGUCUCUGUCUGUCUGUCUGUCUGUCUGUCUGU